AUGGCACUUGCCAAGGAUAGAAUGCCCCGUGAUUCACUUCAGCAUCAACUACCUUCUUCAGAUCAUCAACAUCACCGUCUUUCUAAUAAUGGUUUUGUUUUUAGAUCAGCAGCUUCUGCAACAAGUUGUUAUCAAGCUGAUGAUGAUCAUGAUCAGGUAGCUGCAGGCCACUCAGUCAUCAACUUCAAGAGUAAUGACUACACCAGUAGUUUCACCCACGACAACAGUGCGUCUCUACUUAGUUUUGAGAAAACCAACAACAGCAUUACUCAAGACCACGACAGUUACAACUGCAUCAACAGCGUCGACCCAGUUCGCCAUUCCGGUGAUUUCAAUUGCUUCCAGACAGCUAGCACAUACAAUAGUUCCUCAUCCAAUCCUUCAAAUGAAGGCCAUGGAUCAGAAUUAGGGUCCGCUUAUGGUUGGUUGUACUCGGACGCAACUCUAAUGGCAGAAAGUUUCCCUGAACCAGAAACACAAGUCGGAGCAUCCUUUCAAAAGCGCCCCCAUAAGGGAGAGAACAUGCAACCUUUAAAGAGGCAAUGCACUAGUGAUGUUUCUGCUGCUGCUGCUACAACCAAGAAGCCCAAACCCAAGUCUUCAAGUCCCUCAAAGGACCCCCAAAGUAUUGCCGCCAAGAAUCGGAGAGAGCGCAUUAGCGAGCGGCUUAAGAUACUCCAGGAACUGGUGCCCAAUGGCUGCAAGGUUGAUUUAGUAACCAUGUUAGAGAAAGCCAUUAGUUAUGUCAAAUUCCUUCAAUUGCAAGUCAAGGUUUUAGCAACCGAUGAAUUUUGGCCGGUUCAAGGUGGAAAAGCUCCUGAUAUUUCUCAAGUAAAAGAAGCCAUUGAUGCCAUCCUGUCAUCUCAGAGAGACACAAGUUCCAGCUCAAAGCUGUAA